CCAAAUCGUUUCUCAACGUUCCUAAUUCCCCUUCGUCCCCACUAUCAUAACAGUUUCAGCUUCACUCCCCCUUCUACUCUGCUUCUCUCUCUAACCCAAUUUGUCUUUCCUUCAUUUUCGCCUCUUUCUCAUGGAUACCUGCAUCAAGAAUGUCGGAAAAACGACUCCGACAAAGCUUUCCGAGAAUGCCAAUCCCAACAUAUCUCAGAGCCCUAGAUUGAAGUCGUCUAAGUCACUCCUGACAAAUUCCGCCACUAAGAUCCAGAAAUCAUCCUCAAAAAACCCUAAUCAGAUCUUAUCGCAGUCUCCACUGAAUAAGAUCAGGGAUAGAAAGUUCAUCCUGGCGAAAGGGAACUUGAAGAAAGAGAGAUCAAAUCACUCUACUGUAGUGUGCAAGUGUAAAGACGAAGCAUCGCGAGAGAAAUCGCGGAGAUGUGUCUGUGUUGCUUAUGAGAAUCUUAGGGUUUCUCAAGAAUUGUUUUUCAAGAACCAGACAAACACAGCUGAAGAUAUGACAGUGAAAGAAGAAGAUGGGAAAGAGAAUAGAUCAGUUGAAACUCAAAAUGAUCGCCAAAUUGGAAAGAAAUCGGAUUGUAAUGUUUUGGAAGAUACUAGGGAGAGGGAUCCUGAUUCUGGGCCAGGAAUAGUGAAGCUUUUGGUUAAAGCCUUUGAGAAACUUGGCACAACAUCAGAAGAUUCGGAUCAGAUAUGUACAUUGCCUGAGAUUCAGCAACAAGGGUCAACAUUUUCAUUUUCCAAGUCUGAUUUUUUGGUGACAACUGAGAGUUUGGGUCUUGAUUCUAAGCGUUCAUCUUCUCUAGAUAGCAGCCAAGGAAGUUUCAUGGAAUCAAGCAUAAAUUCAAGCAGCAGUAGUAGAAGGAGACGAAAGAGCUUGGAAUCAACUGGUACUUUUGGUGGGAGUAAGUGGAAGAGAAAGCAACUCAAAGCAACAUGCCAUAAACCUUUUAUGCUUAAAACCGAAGAAAGAGGAAGAUGCAAGGAAGAAGAAUUCAUGAAGAAAGUAAAACAAAUAACUGAAGAGGAGAAGAAGCUUAGGAUACCUAUUGCACAAUGGAUGCCAUUGACAACUGAUGAGCCAGAGAUGUUAGUGAAACCUCCUAAGAAAGAAAGAACAGUCCCUGUUGAUCUGAAAUUGCACAGUGAUAUAAGAGCAGUUGAACGCACUGGAUUCGACCAACAGAUGAAGGAGAAGAUCGAUUUCAUUGAACAAUAUAAGAUGGAAAGAGACAGGAAGCAAAAGUUGGCAGAAGAAGAAGAAAUAAGACAGAUGAGAAAGGAACUCGUUCCUAAGGCGCAACCAAUGCCUUAUUUCGAUAGGCCAUUCAUUCCCAAAAGGUCUGUGAAGCAAUCAACCAUACCUAAAGAGCCCAAGUUUAAUCUGCAGCAACAUCAUGCAAAGAAAAUCAAGAGUUAGACACGACUCGAUGUUGAUGAAUUCCUCUAAUGAUUUUGUGAACAACAUUCAAAAAGAUUCCAAUUCUUUUGUUUCUCAUCCUCAAUCUAUUCUUCAUUCAUUCUUUUAUCAUUCA